AAAUGGCCUGCAAGUCCCGAUGAAGAGAGCAGUAUUGACUUUUUCCUGCGAGUGGAAAACUACAAUAAAACUGGAGAAAUGGUAAGAAUCAAUCCGAGACUUUCUAAAACUGUUAGCGUAUAAGGUUUGCUGAAUAGAGUCAAUAGCGUUAUUAAAAUCUUACAGUAAGUGCCAAACAAGAAUAGCUUGCUAGGCACUUUCUGACUCACGUAACACAGCUUGAUGUUGACUAAAAUUCUUAUAAAUGAAGUCAUAAUGCCAACUCUCUAUUACAGACACUUAUCUUAUACCUAAGGAUACCUACUCCAUACAAUUCCCGUGGCGCUCUUAUGGAUCAUUAUACGUUUCUGGGAAACUGCCCUCCUACCCUUCCCCUAAGGCAACAUUUUGACCUAACUGAUAAGUAAGUGUUAAUGUUGGCUUAGGGGAGAGGUAGGUGGGCAGUUUCCCAGAAACGUUUAAUGAUCACACUUCUUUAUCGCCCCAUGUGAGGUAAGACAGUCUUGGAUUCUGGAUUCCACGCUGUGGAUUCCGGAUUCCAGAUACUGGGUUCCGGAUUCUCUGUUAGUGGAACUUAAGGGAUUCCGGAUUCCAAUCUUCAGCGGGAUUCCGGAUUCAUCGAGGUGAAUUACGCAUUCCAAAACCAAGGAUUCCGGGUUCCUUCAAGAAAAAAUUUCAUGCGGGGUAGCAUAUAAAAGGAUGACACAAAAUUGCACGUUGGUAUUGACCAAGUUCAUUCAAACAUUCCCUGAUUGACAUGUAUAAUAUCUCUGACAAUGGGACAUUUUUCCCUUUCUUCCAGCCUUUACGGAUCCUCAAAACAAACUGCCGUAUAUUGAGAACAUUUAUCGCCCUGCUGGUUAAUUCUACAAAUCAGCUAAGGAGUUUUCAAGUUUCUGAAGGCGUAAAGAGUAAGCUGGUGCAGCUAAAAAAACAGACCAGGACACUGUUAAAUUGUCUGAGAAGAAUGGUGGCAAUUAUAAAAUUUGUGAGUGAAUUGUUUUUAACAACUGUCUUUGUAAAAGUUCUGUAGGCAUAUAUGCUAAAACUUUGCUUGACUAUUUUGAAUGACGUUCUUAGUUUAGGGUUUUGUCCCUACGAAAGUCUGCAUGAAAGGCUAAAUAAUCUCUGGCUACGUGGCUAUACAGGCAUUUGAAAUAUAGAUUCCUUCUUCUUAUGUUGUUCUAAAUUGUGGGCUUGUAGUAAAAUCCCGCCAACUUAUGAUUCCAGCCAUUGACAGUGUCCUCAUUUUUUCUAUUCCACAGAACCAGCAGGGACAAAGAACAGCCAAAAACCCUGGGAAUCGAGAGGAUCACGAUGUUAUUGUUUCUUCAAAUACCGGCUCAGCUUCAACCAUUGAAGAUGCUGCCUUGAGGACAAAGCUUAUAUUGGAUGAGUUAACCACAAAUGCUUUCAAUCUGAUCCAAGACUUACGGAAAAUACAAACUUGUAACUAA